AUGGCGGCUAGCGACUUCAGCCCGAUGUUUCGCCGUCUUUUUGUUUGCGACCGUAAUUCGAAGACGCAAUUCUUGGUCGACACUGGAGCCGACCUUUGUGUCUUCCCCAGGAAGAUAAUGCACGGACCAUGCUCACCCGUUGGCUACGACCUCUCUGCGGCAAACGGCACAUCGAUCGCAACAUACGGCACAAGGACGAUUACGCUGAAUCUGGGUCUUCGACGGGAUUUUACGUGGAGUUUCGUCAUCGCCGAGGUUUCCAGACCGAUCAUCGGGGCUGAUUUUUUGGCUCACUUCGGAUUGCUGGUGAACGUGAAGAACCAGCGACUGAUCGACCAGGGGACGACGCUGACUUCGCGAGGAGCACCGGUGCAGGAAGAGGUUUUGUGUAUUAAGGUGGUGCAAGGCGAGUCGGCGUUUCACGAGCUCCUGCGACGUUUCCCGGAGAUAUCAAGACCCAACGGAGUUCCCACCAAGGUGCAUCACGACACACGGCACUUCAUAACAACUUCUCCAGGGCCGCCCCUAGUCUGCUAG